CUUCCUGCCCCCUCCUACUACCGAGCCUCAACUUUGUACUUGGAAAUCCCAGGACCUGCAGCUCAGAGCCUCUGUGAGUCUGUGCCUGCUGUUACCUUCUCUCUAUCUUAGAAAACUCCACAUACGGAGCCACUCCAUGCCACCAAGGAAGGUAUUUUAAGCAUUGCGACACAUUUGGAUAAUUUAACCGACGCCACUGGGUCCCUCUCAGGCUGAUCCUGGUUUAUCUCAGCCUCUGCUCUCCUCCACAUUUUGAAAGAAAACUGAAAAUGAUGACAAUUAAGACAGAUACCCAUGAUUGGACAAUGGGCUCUCCAAACCUCAAAGCUCAGGGAAGUUUGCAGAAGAAGGGGCAGAAAGAUUGUAAGAGCCAGUGGCGAACGAAGACUUCAGAGAAAUAGUUUCUCAGACAUAACAGGGAAGAUGCACAUACAAGCUCACAACAAUUAUAACAGCAUGUGCAAGACUGAAGCAAGCUUGUGACAGAGAAAAGCCCAGCAUGGAAAUGGGAGGUAUUUCCAAUAAGGACACCAAAGAGACAAAUCUUGAUCUUUUUAAAUAUGACCUUAGUUUCUAGAGUCCUUGGGUCUCGAUGGUUUCCUAAAACUCUACCUUGUGAUGUCAGUCAAGAUCACUCAAUGACCUAUGUGGCCGUGGACUGCACAGACAAGCAUUUGACAGAAAUCCCCGAGGGCAUUCCCACUAAUACCACCAACCUCACCCUUACCAUCAACCACAUACCAAGCAUUUCUCCAGACUCCUUCCGUAGGCUGACCCAUCUGGAAGAGAUCGAUUUCAGAUGCAACUGUGUACCUAUUCUACUGGGGUCCAAAGUCAAUGUGUGUACCAAGAGGCUGCAGAUUAGGCCUAGAAGCUUUAGCGGACUCUCAGACUUAAAAGCCCUGUAUCUGGAUGGAAACCAACUGCUGGAGAUACCUCAGGAUCUCCCAUUCAGCUUACAGCUUCUGAGCCUCGAGGCCAACAAUAUCGUCUCCAUCACAAAGGAGAAUCUAACAGAACUGGCCAACAUUGAAGAACUCUACCUGGGUCAAAACUGUUAUUAUCGCAAUCCAUGCAACGUUUCUUAUUAUAUCGAAAAAGAUGCUUUCCUCGUUAUGAAAAAUUUAAAAGUUCUCUCGCUGAAGGAUAACAAUAUCACAGCUGUUCCCACCACUUUGCCAUCUAAUUUAAUAAAACUCUAUCUUUAUAACAACAUCAUUACAAAGAUCCAAGAAGACGAUUUUAAUAACCUGAACCAACUGCAAAUUCUUGACCUAAGUGGGAACUGCCCUCGCUGUUACAAUGUCCCAUACCUGUGUACACCAUGUGAAAAUAAUUCCCCCUUACAGAUCCAUGACAAUGCUUUCAAUUCAUUGACAGAAUUAAAAGUUUUACGUCUACACAGUAACUCUCUUCAGCAUGUGCCUCAAGCAUGGUUUAAAAACAUGAAAAACCUCCAAGAACUUGAUCUCUCCCAAAACUACUUGGCCAAAGAAAUUGAGGGGGCCGAAUUUUUGAAAUCUCUCCCCAACCUUGUCCAGUUGGAUCUGUCUUUUAAUUAUGAGCUGCAGGUCUACCAUGCAUCUAUAACUUUACCACACUCACUCUCAUCCCUGAAAAACUUAAAAAUUCUGCAUAUAAAGGGUUAUGUCUUUAAAGAGCUGAAAAACUCUAGCCUUUCUGCAUUGCACAAGCUUCCCAGUCUUGAAGUUCUUGACCUUGGCACUAACUUCAUAAAAAUUGCUGACCUCAACAUAUUCAAACAGUUUGAAAACCUCAAACUCAUUGACCUUUCGAUGAAUAAAAUAUCCCCUUCUGAAGAGCCAAGGGAUGUUGGCUUCUGUCCUAAUGCCAGAACUUCUGUAGACCGCCAUGGGCCCCAGGUCCUGGAGACCUUGCAUUAUUUCCGGUAUGAUGAAUAUGCACGGAGCUGCAGGUUCAAAACCAAAGAGUUGCCCUCUUACUUACCUUUGAAUGAAGACUGCCACACAUAUGGGCAGACCUUAGACCUAAGUAGAAAUAACAUAUUUUUUAUCAAGCCCUCUGAUUUCCAGCAUCUUUCAUUCCUUAAAUGCCUCAACUUGUCAGGAAACACCAUUGGCCAAACUCUUAAUGGCAGUGAAUUGCAGCCCUUAAGAGAGCUCCGGUACUUAGACUUCUCCAACAACCGACUUGAUUUACUCUACUCCACAGCCUUUGAGGAGCUCCACAAACUGGUAGUUCUGGAUUUAAGUAGCAACAGUCACUACUUUCAAGCAGAAGGAAUUACUCACAUGCUGAACUUCACCAAGAAACUACGGUCUCUGAAGAAACUCAUGAUGAAUGACAACGACAUCUCUACCUCUGCCAGCAGAACCAUGGAAAGCGACUCUCUUGAAGUUCUGGAAUUCAGAGGCAACCAUUUGGAUAUUCUAUGGAGAGACGGUGAUAACAGAUACUGGACCUUCUUCAAGAAUCUGUUGAAAUUGGAGGAAUUGGAUAUCUCCAGGAAUUCACUGAGUUCCUUGCCUCAUGGGGUAUUUGAGGGUAUGCCACCAAAUCUAAAGACCCUCUCCUUGGCAGAAAAUGGUAUCAAACAUUUUCCUUGGGAAAAACUCCAGCUACUGAAAAAUCUAAAACAUUUGGACCUCAGCCAUAACCUGCUGACAACUGUCGCUAAGAGGUUAGCCGACUGUUCCAAAAAUCUCACGAAACUGAUUCUUAAGCAAAAUCAUAUCAAACAUUUGACAACUUACUUUCUAGAAGAUGCUUUUCAGUUGCGUUAUCUAGACCUCAGUUUAAAUAAGAUUCAAGUCAUUCAGAAGACUAGCUUCCCAGAAAAUGUCCUCAAUAAUCUAAAUACGUUGCUCUUACAUCGCAAUCACUUUCUAUGCAACUGUGAUGCUGUGUGGUUUGUCUGGUGGGUUAAUCAUACAGAUGUUACUAUUCCUCACCUGGCCACUGAAGUGACUUGUGCGGGACCAGGAGCACACAAAGGUCAGAGUGUCGUAUCCCUGGAUCUGUAUACAUGUGAGUUAGAUCUCACGAACCUGAUUCUGUUCUCAGUUUCCAUUUCUUCAGUCCUCUUUUUGAUGGUAGUUAUGACAGCAAGUCAUCUCUUUUUCUGGGAUAUGUGGUACAUUUACUAUUUCUGGAAAGCCAAGAUAAAGGGCUACCAGCGCCUGCAAUCCAUGGAGUCUUGCUAUGAUGCUUUUAUUGUGUAUGACACUAAAAAUUCAGCUGUGACGGAGUGGGUUUUGCAGGAGCUGGUGGCUAAACUGGAAGAUCCAAGAGAGAAACAUUUUAAUUUGUGUCUAGAGGAAAGGGACUGGCUACCAGGACAGCCAGUUCUAGAAAACCUUUCCCAGAGCAUACAGCUCAGCAGAAAGACAGUGUUUGUGAUGACCCAGAAAUACGCGAAGACAGAGAGUUUUAAGGUAGCCUUUUAUCUGUCCCAUCAGAGGCUCAUAGACGAAAAAGUGGAUGUGAUUAUCUUGAUAUUCUUGGAGAAGCCUCUGCAGAAGUCUAAGUUUCUUCAGCUCCGGAAGAGACUCUGUGGGAGUUCUGUCCUGGAGUGGCCUUCCAAUCCACAGGCUCACCCAUACUUUUGGCAGUGUCUGAAAAAUGCGCUGACCACAGACAAUCACGUAGCUUAUAGUCAGGUGUUCAAGGAAACAGUCUAGCUCUUUGCAGAAUGUGGUCACAUGUGGCAAGAGGCCCGGUUGCCUGAAUUUUUCAUAAAGGUUUCAAUAAAAGAACGUCUGAAAAAUUUUCUAACAGCUGCCCUUGCUCAAAUCAGUGAGAAGUCAUCAAUAUACGACACAGAAAUCGGGAAAAAAGGGCAUUGACAGACUCACAACUUUCUUCUUUCUUUGGGCCACCGUCCAUAUUCAAACAUCUUCCCCAGCUCAUCUAGAAAAUAUUUUGGGAAGAAGAGUGCCUAGGAAGAAAUGUAAGCUCUGAUGUGUCUGCAUGCCAUUGAAAAGAACCUCACGUUUGUUCUUAAAAAGUACCAGUAUUUUCAAUCAUCCAAAAAAAGUGGUCAAGCUCUGUCUCUCUGACUAAAUUGUACCAAAGUUCAAUGAAAUCAAAGCAGAGAGAACUUCUCAACCAAUUGUGUCACUGCCAUGCAGCAUCCCCUGCAGCACACACCAAAUGCAGGUACUGGACACUUGGGAGCUGUUCAGUGCCUCCUACUCGUUUCCCUAGGGUCCAUUGAUGGGUUCUGCAGGGAAAUAGAGGAACUUUUUUGCCAUCCAUGGACAUGGUCAAUUUAUAACUGGAAAAAAAUAAAAAAUAAUAUCCCCUCAGGCAAAAUUAUAUUCUUUGCAUUUGAUGACAAUUAUCUUCUGAAAUACGUUUUAUGUGCAUGGCAAAUACUGUUUCCAAAAUAAAACGUUUUUUAAAAUA